AAACUAGUGAAGACUUCAGAUAAGUUAAGUUACUAUAUAGGACUUGAGCCGGCCCAUUUGCAGUAAACCCAAUAUUAUUAUUUCUCUUAAAAAAGAAAAAAAGGAAACAAAUUUUGAAGGACCAAUCGAGUAAAGCGAAAAUGAGGCGCAAGAGAGACAAACCCUACCGCACACCGUCGCGAAUUUCGAAACGCCGGCGACCUUGGGCUCCUCCUCCUCCGUCAUCAGAAACCGACGAGAUCAACGACAAGCCGACGGCAAAACUUCCACCGCCACCGGCGCUGCUCGUCACCGGACUUCCCUCCAACUGCUCAGUCCUGGAGCUAAAAUCUCGAUUCGAGAUCUACGGUUCGAUCUCCAGGAUCCGAAUCGACAAAGACGGAGUCGGAUCCGUCUCGUAUCGCACCGCCGAGUCGGCAGAAGCCGCAAUCGCCGGUAGUCACGAGCCUUCUUUCGGUAUCUCCAUCGAUUCCAAGAAGUUGGAGGUGGCUUGGGCGACGGAUUCGUUGGUGACGUGGAAGGAAGGUGUGAAGGUGGGUGAAGAAAAGGAUAAAACGUCGCCGUCUUUGUCCUCUAAGCUUCUCCGAGCUGAGAUGUCAUUGAGAAAACAUGGGAGAAGAAGAAAUAGGCUAGCAUCCACCAUUGUCAACCCGAGAAGCAACGAUACUGACGGUGACGGUGGUCCUUCAUCUCUGGCGACGAGAAGGGAGUUUAAGGACAGAGAUAUUGUAGCCUACGACGAUAUUCUUUAACAGCUUCUUGUAGAAAUAGAUAGCUACUUUUUUCUUCUUCUUCUUCUUGUGAAAGGAAGAACUCUGAUUUUUUUUUUUUUUGCAAUUCUAUUCUUGCAAGAUGUGUGUUAAUUUAGUGAAGUCCUUCCUUUCCUUUUUAAGCUUUCACUGUAGAGCUCUGUACCAUUGUGUAAUCUGUCAAAUGAUUUAUUUACUUGACGGGUAA